UCUUACUAUAAAUAUCCCUUUCAUUCUUCUCUAUAUUUGAACAAAACAAAACAUGGCUCGUCUAAAAUCUAUUGCUUUACUAAUUGUACUACUUGUUGCAACUUCUGUUGUAUUGAGUGAGAGUAGGAUUGCAAGGAAGGACUUGGGUUUAGACCUUGGCGGUGUUGGGCUAGGGUUAGGCCUAGGGUUGGGUGUUGGUGGAGGGUCAGGCUCUGGAGCCGGUGCUGGUGCUGGAUCCAGUGGUUCAAGUUCUAGCUCAAGCUCUGCUUCAUCUAGCUCAAGCUCAGGUUCGGGUGGAGGAGGUGCUGGCUCUGAAGCAGGCUCCUACGCCGGGUCUAGUGCUGGAUCAGGCUCAAGAUCACGAGGUGGUGGUCGUGGUGGAGGAGGUGGCGGUGGAGGUGGUGGAGGUGGUGGUGGCGGUGGUGGUUCAGGUCAAGGAAGUGGGUAUGGACAUGGUGAAGGUGGUGGACAUGGUGGCGGGUAUGGUGGUGGUGGGGACUAAAUGUAAAGUCUAAGCUACGACAUUUAAUUAAGUUGACAUUCUUGUGUUACGUACCCUAAAAGAUUAUCUUUAAUUGGAAAUGAGCUUUUUGGAGAGCUUGUUUAUCGUUUAAUGACUAGCAAUGCAAGUUACCAUGCAUGGCAACAUCUGCUACUAUGUAAUUUAAGGAGUAUACAAAUAGAAUAAAAAUUAAACGUUUCCUAUCGUAGAAAGUCGAUUUGCUUUGCUAGCUAUAGUUUGUGUUCUUAUUUACGCUGUGUUAUUCAUUGUAAUGACGUCUAAAAAGUUUAUAAUGAAAAGUUCAGUUUGCAUCCUAUAUAAA